GUAGCGCGAGCCAGCAGCGGAGAGAGAGUGAGAGAAGACCCGGUAGAGCGCGAGGAGGGUGAGAGAGGGUGAGAGAGUGAGGGAGAGUGAGGGAGUGAGAGAGGAGAGAGAGAGAGAGAGAGAGAGAGAGAGAGAGAGAGAGCGCGACGGCCGUCAGGGUCCGGGUGCCUAAAGGGGACGGACGACACGAGCGGGAGGACUGAGUGAUCGUCAAGCUGACCGGACGACGGACCGAAUGAAGCUGCACCUGAGUCGAGCCUUUUCUGCCAUGCCGUCCAACAGUCCCGCCGCCACGGACCCGGCCCAGACGCCAGACAACGACACCUCCAACGAUCUGAGUGAAGAUGGAGCAGACCAGGACAGUCCAGAGGAGGGGACGCCAGCGAGCCCCCGCAGCAAGCGCAGAGUGGGUCGUCCUGGCAGGAAACGCAAACAGCUGCUCCCUGAGAUGGCGACCUCUGACCCCUGCGCAAAUGCCCCCCCAACUCCGCCCGAGGAGCCGGAGCCUUCGCCGUCCCCUCGCAAGAAGCGCGGGCGCCGGAAACUAGAGCAGGCCGAGAGGAAUAAGGACGAACCAGACGAGAGGAACUGCGACUCUCCCCGAGAGGGCGAGACGGGGAGGCUGCGGAGGAGGCCGGUCCCCAGAGUAACUUUCCAGGCCGGAGAUCCCUACUACAUCAGCCGGAGACAGAGGGAAGAAUGGCUCAGCCGCUGGAAGAUGGAGGCCGAGCGCCGGGCCUACAGAGAGGCGGAGAUGAACAUGAUGGACGACCUGUCGGAGGCCGACUUCCAGAAAGAGGACGAGCCCGCCAGCCCGGCCCCGCCCCCUUCGCAGCAGCACACCGACCCGGCCUCGCCCACGGUCGCCGUGACGCCGGAGCCGGUUGCCAGGGUCGCUCAGGCCACGCCGAGCGAGAUCGAGUACCAGGAUGGCCGAGGCUUUGGCAUCGGCACGCUGGUGUUCGGGAAGCUGCGAGGUUUCUCCUGGUGGCCCGGCAGGAUCGUCUCCUGGUGGAUGAGCGGCCGGAGUCGAGCGGCGGACGGCACCCGCUGGGUGAUGUGGUUCGGUGACGGCAAGUUCUCUGUGGUUUGUGUAGAAAAACUGAUGCCUCUGAGCUCCUUCUCAUCCGCCUUUCACCAACCAACCUACAACAAGCAGCCCAUGUACCGGAAAGCCAUCUUCGAAGCUCUGCAGGUGGCCAGUGUUCGGGCGGGCAGGCCGGUUCCUUCGUGCGAUACGAGCGAUGAGGCAGAAGGCGUGGAUCUUCAGACCAGGCAGAUGAUCGAGUGGGCCAUGACCGGCUUCCUGCCCACCGGACCACAGUCACUGGACCCUCCAGAGGAGGAAAGAAAUCCUUAUAAGGAGGUGUACCCUGAGAUGUGGGCGGAGCCUGAGGCCGCGUACACACCUCCACCCGCAAAGAAACCUCGCAAGAACACAGCCGAAAAAGCAAAGAUCAGAGAGGUGAUCGACGAGGGGACCAGAGAAAGACUCAUAUUUGAGAUCAAGAAGAAGACAAGGAACAUAGAAGAUAUUUGCAUUUCCUGUGGAAGCCUCAACGUCUCUCUAGAGCAUCCUCUCUUCAUGGGAGCAAUGUGCCAGGGCUGCAAAAACUCGUUCCUGGAGUGCGCCUACCAGUACGACGACGACGGCUACCAGUCCUACUGCACCAUCUGCUGCGGAGGCAGGGAAGUGCUCAUGUGCGGCAACAACAACUGCUGUAGGUGUUUCUGUGUGGAGUGUGUGGACCUGUUAGUGGGGGCCGGCUCGGCCGCGGCAGCUAUCAACGAAGACCCCUGGAACUGCUACAUGUGUGGACCUCGCAACACCUACGGGCUGCUGCGGCGGCGGGACGACUGGCCCUGCAGGCUGCAGCACUUCUUCGCCAACAACCACGAGCAGGAAUUCGAGCCAGCGAAGCUGUAUCCUCCAGUCGCAGCAGAGAAGAGGCAGCCCAUCAGAGUCCUGUCCCUGUUCGAUGGCAUUGCUACAGGUUUGCUCGUGCUGAAAGACCUGGGUAUCCAGGUGGAUAAGUACGUGGCGUCUGAAGUGUGCGAGGACUCCAUCACGGUCGGCAUGGUGCGGCACCAGGGGCGCAUCAUGUACGUGGGCGACGUACGCAACGUAACUCGCAAACAUAUCGAGGAGUGGGGACCAUUUGACCUGGUGAUCGGAGGAAGCCCCUGCAACGACCUCUCCAUAGUCAACCCUGCGCGAAAAGGCCUCUACGAGGGAACCGGUCGAUUGUUUUUUGAGUUUUAUCGUCUGCUGCAUGAAGCCCGACCAAAACCUGGAGACGAGCGGCCAUUCUACUGGCUGUUCGAGAACGUGGUGGCCAUGGGGGUCAGCGACAAGAGGGACAUCUCCCGCUUCUUAGAGUGUAAUCCGGUAAUGAUUGAUGCCAAGGAGGUCUCUGCUGCCCACCGCGCUCGCUAUUUCUGGGGAAACCUGCCAGGCAUGUCCAGGCCGCUGGCGCCGAUGGCAAAUGACAGACUGGACCUACAAGAGUGCCUCGAGCACGGCCGCACAGCUAAGUUUGAGAAGUUGCGUACGAUAACGACACGCUCCAACUCUGUGAAGCAGGGGAAAGAUGAGCAUUUCCCCGUCUUCAUGGACAACAAGGAGGACAUCCUCUGGUGCACCGAGAUGGAAAGGGUGUUUGGUUUCCCUGUCCACUACACAGACGUGUCCAACAUGAGUCGUCUUGCCAGGCAGAGGCUGCUGGGACGUUCGUGGAGCGUCCCCGUCAUCAGGCACCUGUUCGCGCCGCUCAAGGAGUACUUCGCCUGCUAUUAGUCCCUCUCUCAAACACACACGCACACACACACACACACACACACACACACACACACACACACACACACACACAUACACACCGACUCUCUCACUCUUCCUUUCACACACUCAGACACAAGCAGUGCGCUGUGACAGACACACACUGAUAACCACAAGCACUAUACAGCUUGUACAUGAAGGUUGGCUGAUGCAGGAUGACACAGAUGACCAGACACACAC